AUGCUAACAACAUAUCCUAGAAAUAUUUGGCAAAAAUGCCAAAAACACCAUCAUCAUCAUCAUCACAAUAUCACACAAUUCUUCAUAGAAUUAUUUAUCAUUUUAACAUAUUGUACAAGAUUACAUUUAACUAAUUAUUUAUAUGUUGAAUUUCCGUUAACAAUGCUUACAGCUAGAAGAUUGUUUGGUAUACCAGUUACAGAAAGAUAUUUAGAAUUGAUAAAAUUUUCCCAUUGGAAAACUAAAUGGCCUAAAGAAAUAAGUUGGAAAUAUUUAAAAAUGGCAAAUUAUGAAAUACCAUUAUAUGUGAAAGAAGGCCAUUGGCUACCGGAUGCAAUGUUAUCAAUUUGUAUACCAGAAGCAACACAUAAAAAUUUCAUGGAUAUGGCUUAUGAAUUUACACAUGAAGAAUCUCAAAAACGAUAUACCAUGUCAAUAAGACAUCAUUUUACUUUUAGAAAGCAAUAUUAUACUAGAGGAUAUUUGAUUAUACUUUCAUUUCUAAUCAAUCUAUGUCAAUGUAGACGAAACAUUAAUCCGGAAAUAUUUUGUCCAAAUCCAUGCACUAAACCAAAUGUUUGUCAUGAUGAUGUGCAUAGUAAUGGUGUAUGUACAAUCAGAUCAAAUGAACAAUUGUUAAAUGAUUUCCCACCUAUGACAGUGAAAAAAUUAAGUUCAAUCUAUACCUUUGAUUAUGAAUGUGUCUGUUUAAAUGAGUACACUUUUAAUAAAACAUUGAAAAAAUGUGUACCAGUGCAAAAACAUUGUGAUUCUUCUAUUUGUUUGAAUAAUGGAGAAUGUGAAUAUUUAACAGAGAAGCAACGAAUUAUUCCUAAUAUUGAAUUUAUGUGUAAAUGUCCACCUGCAUGGAAAGGAUUAGCAUGUGAAGAACCAAGAAAUCCAUGUUUAGAAGCACCAGGUCUAUGUGGACGACAUUAUUGUUAUCGUGAUCCAACCAAUUUAAAACUUGGUUAUCGAUGUCAAUGUCCAAUUGGAUUUAAGGUGACUAGUGCAACGAAUCCAAAAUGUACUAAUAUAAAUGAAUGUAUAGAAUAUACCAAUGAUGAUGCUUGUUUAAAUGGUGGAAUUUGUAUUGAUCAAGAACCAAAUUCAACUUUUAUAGAUGGUGUAAUGAAAGUAACUGCUGGAUUUCAGUGUAUAUGUCGAAGCGGUUAUUAUGGACAACGUUGUGAACAUAUAUCUCCACCAUUGGAAUGGACUAUAUGGUCUGAAUGGUCAGAGUGUUCAGUGACAUGUGGUGUCGGUGUACAUAAACGUUUUCGUAAUUGUUCAUUGCCUAAUCGUUGUGUUGGUGGUUCAUAUGUACAAGUUAGAAAAUGUCGAGGAAGUGUAUUAUUUUGUGGAAAUGAAAAGAUUGAUGAUUCAAUUGAAUCAGGAGGAUCAAACAUUUUAGAAAGUUUAAAUACAACAGAAUGGCAUGAUUAUAAUAAUUAUUCAAUAAAUCAUACAUUCUCUUGGAAUAAUUUACAAUUUACUGGUGAAAAUCUUGAUUUAUUACAUUCUGGUAUUUCUAAUACGACUACUGGCAAUUGGUUAGAAUGGAUUAGUACAUUACAAUUAACUAAACAAUGGACAAUGACAGGAUUAAUUAUCACAUAUACAAUUAUCAAUAUGUUAUUAUAUACACCAGUAUAUUUGAUCAUUGUUUGUUUGAAUAAAUUCAUUCAAUUUAUAUUGAACAAAAUAAAACAAACAAAAAAUGUUUGA